UUAUUAACUUUACAAUAAAGCAUUGUAUAUCAGAAAAGAAGUAUCAAAAACCUAAGGAAGAGGAAAGACGUCUGACUGAUAAUGUUAGAAGAGUGAACUACUUAGAGUACAAAGAAAAUGAAUUAUACAUAGUAGAUAAAAGAAAGCAGCAAGUACAAUCUGAUAUCCUUGAUAAAAGACCAAGAUUGCAGCCAGAAUUGAAGUGGGAUGCUUAUCAGGGAAAUUUAGAAUAUAAUUCUUUGAUCAAUGAAAAGCUAUCUACUGAGUCAACUUUUAAGGGAAUUGACCUAGAGUAUAUGGAACCACUGAAUGUCUCAGCCAAUGAAGUCGAAAGAGCUGCUAACAAAAAGG